AUGUUGGCUUCACAACCACAAACUGCUGCUAUUGCCGCUCUAUGCCUCUUCUCCAACCCACCUUCAUCCUCCCGCCCAUCGUUCAGAUACUGGCUCCCCGAUGCCUCUGUCGAUGGGAAAAUCGUCAAGGAGGACAUUGGGAGUGUAGCUCAAAUUGGCGGUGGUGGCGUUGAAUUUGUCCCAUUCUACGAGUACGGAGGCAUUUUCAACCAACCGGCACCGGGAAUCAGUUGGUCCAAGUAUGCAUUCGGCACCAAGUAUUACAACGAGUUGUUACGAUUAGCGCUGGAAGCGCACCAUGAGUACGGGCUUUUGAUGGACUUUGCCCUAGGACCGAAUCAGGGUCAAGGUGUUCCUUCAUCACCGGACGCGGAGGGUUUGCAAUGGGAUCUGUAUCCAUUCUUCACAAAUCUGGCCAAUGGCUCCAUGAAUAACACCAUACCCGGUUGGGGGAUGGGGGAGUUGGUUGCGCUGGUCUCUACUUCUGCCAUAUCUAGUACCAAUGUCUCCAUACCCGCCAGUGGUAUGGACCUGACGGGGCCCGAUUAUACGUCCUACACCAAACUAUCAAUCGAUCAAAGCAGUCUGCAAGACCUCACUUCAAAGGUGUCUACCACUGGAAAGCUUUCCCCAGAAGUGUCUUUGCCGUCUUCGCCUCGGACUUGGAUUUUUGCUUUUUAUCAGCGUCGGACCUCGUACCUCAAUGUAAGGUUCCCACACAAGGCUACAUCUUCUAUCUUCGACAAUGGAUCAUACACCGUGGAUCAUUUCAGUGCCAAAGGUGCUCAACACACUAUAUCAUUCUGGGAGAAGUACAUCAUGGAUGAUACCACCGCAGAUUUGCUGAAGAAAUCUGGACAAUAUGCAUGGGAGGAUAGCUUCGAGCUCAUCUCUAAUACUAAUUGGACGCCGGAUCUCCCUAAGAAAUUCAAGAAACAACACGGCUACGACAUUCGCCCUUAUCUUCCCCUAAUCAUGUGGCAGAACAAUAAUCUUGCUAUACAGUCCAAUGCACCCGGUCGACUAAGGGUCGUAAUGAACACAAAUGAUGAAGGCGCGGGUUACGUCAAUGAUUACCGAGCCACUUUGCAAUCAGGGUAUGAAGAGUACCUCCAGACACUUACUAAUUGGGUCCACAAGCGACUUGGGCUAGGUUUGAGGACCCAAGUGUCUUACAAUAUACCUCUGGAAAUGGCCGCCAGCGUUCCACUGGUCGACGUUCCCGAGUGCGAGAGCCUCGGAUUCAUGAAUCUCGACGCAUAUCGGCAAUACACUGGUGCAGCUGCUCUAGCAGGGAGGCAAAUCGUCUCAAACGAGCUUGGUGCGGUGUUUGGUAGCGCCUACAGCCAGACGAUACCUUCGUUGCUUGAUUUGGCCAACACCGCCUUCUCUGGGGGGGUAAAUAAAUUCGUCCUUCACGGGCUUAGCUACGGUGGCAACUACAGCGCAACAACAUGGCCGGGUCACACGCCUUUCAACUAUGUCUUCUCCGACCUAUCUUCUAAGAAGCAACCGUCCUGGUCGGUCGGAAUGCGUGAAGCAAUGGAUUACCUAUCGCGAACUCAGUACAUUCAGCAAUCUGGUGUGGCCCGUGUGGAUGUCGCCAUCUAUCACCAUGAAUCGGCAACCAACAUUACGUUCCCGAGAUUAUACCAACCAAAAGAUCUGGAAAAUGCUGGCUACUCGUAUCGUUACAUUGCACCCGCCAACCUAGAAUUGCCCAGUGCACAGGUCAAGAACAAUGCCUUAGGCCCUAAUGGACCAGCUUUCAAAGCCCUCGUACUCAAGAAUGGAAGCCAAGUGACCAAAGAGUCCAUCGCACGCCUGGGUACACUUGCACAACAAGGUUUGCCAAUAGUGAUUGAGGGCGAGCCUGACUUCUACCCCUCUGGAAACGGCUCAGACAAGCAUGAGACUCUUACCUCGUUCAAGGCUCUAAGGAACGUCCGGAAUGUAUGCAGUGUAAAGAACAACGAAGUGGCUCAGGCACUUUCGCGUGUCGGUAUCGAGCCUUUCGCAAGGCUGAAAUCCGGAACGACCUGGAUUGUCAAUCAUCGACACGACUCAGAGCUUCUGAUUGAUUACGCAUUUGUACAUAAUCCUUCUAACAAGGCCUCUAAAGGACAAUUGACAGUCUCCCAUACUGGAUUUCCCUAUUUCUUAGAUCCUUGGACUGGACAUGUCGAACCUCUUUUGGUCUACGAACGGAAUGCAAAAAAAGGGACGAUUACCUUCUCUGCCCGUCUCGGAGCCAAGCAAGCGAAGACGUUUGGAUUCAGUUCCUUGCCGCUUGAAGGCGUUUCGACUCCGGCAAGACACCUCACCAAAAUUCCAAAUUUCGUGGCUGCAGUCACAUACAACCAGAGCAACAAGACUGUCACUCUGAAGCUCACAAACGGUGCCCAGAACGAGAAACGCGACGAGCCACUUCUUGUCGGUCUUGACAAUGGCACAAGUCAAACAUUGAAGUCUUCUACCCUUAAUGUGGCUACUCCCACAAGCUUACUUGAAUGGGACCUCACUGUCGAACACUGGGAAGCGCCGGAGAAUAUAUAUGACGCAGCCACAAUAGGCCGCAAACGCAACACCACCCAUCGCACUACAUCGCCGCUCAAGUCCUGGACCGAACUUGAUACAACAAUCCACAACGCUUCCGGCAUCGGCUAUUACUCGUCAUCUUUCACCUGGCCACCCGCCGGCGGCAGGUCAGCGCAUGGUGCCUACCUCAGGUUUGGGACCGUCCUUCACGCAGUAUCGCUGUCAGUAAAUGGUCAGAAAACAGUAGCUGUCGAUCCUUUCGACCCUAUCAUCGAUAUCGGACCUUAUUUGCGUCGUGGUAGGAACACUAUAAUCGCUACUGUUCCGUCCACCAUGUGGAACUACCUCUCCAGCAUCAUCGACGACAUCAAAACGGCAAAUGCGUCGCCCUUGACUGCUCCCAGCUUUCCUAAUGCCAACAUCCCGCGCCCAGGGGUAUCGCUCAAUGGUAUAUUAGGGCAAGUCACCAUAGAGCCUUUCGUAGAGAUUCAGAUCAAGUUGGAUUAGAUGCCAACGCCAUAGAGAACGCGGGUUUU